GCUUUGAUGGCAGAAAAUGGAGUCUCGGGAGAAGAAAAAAUUGGCAGUUGUGGCUGGAAAGAGAAUGUCUGAAGAGAGUGACUCAGCAGAUGCCUCCAUGGAAGACCUAUGUCGGAAAAAAUUCAAACCAAUCGCACCUAAGCCUGUUAUUAGAAAAGAUCAGCAUCAGGCAGUGUUAUCAACAGCACUUCCUGUGAAAAAUGAUUCAACACAGAGAAAAGAACAGGUGGUGUUUCCAUCUCCCAAGUUUGAUCCCAGCAGUGCAUUCGUCAUGAGACCAGGAAACUCCUUCCCAUUCAUGUGUGGUGGACCCAUGAUCAUGCCGAUUCCAGUGCCAGUCGUCCCUGGCAAAGACGGUUCGUACGUCCCCCUGCAGGUUCCAGUUCCGAUUCCAGUUAUGGUGCCUGUUGUUGUAAGUCUCAAUCAAGCUGCUUCUCCAAGUGCCUUGAACACAGUCGCAGUAUCAUCAGAUUCCACCCAUAAUGCUCCAUGUGGUGAAAAGGAAAGUCCCGGUGGCAGCAAGAAGGACAAAAAUAAUAAGAAGGUGGCUUCGUCAAAGCAAGACAAAACCUCUUGCUCAGGAGACAGUUCAGACAGUAAAGGAGCCAAAGCUAAGCCAUGUCGGUACAAGUACAGCAUGAUAAAAAAUGAAUCUUUAUUCAGGGAUAUUCUUCGUGGUGUUGGAGGGGAUUUCAUGGCAAACCAUGGCAUAUCUCUUGCAGUAUCAUCCAGUGAUGCCAUUGAUGUUAAUAGCAUAUCAAAAGGAAUGGUUGCAACAUUGGGUCAGAAUAAGAAAAACUCUGAGAGCAUUAAUGAUGAGGCACCAGAGUGUAGUCAGAGGCAAUCCAAAGUCCACAAAGAUGCAGACGGUGAUGACUCGAAUCUAUCACUUAAAGAUAUAAAUGAAUGUCAUGAUGGAAGUUCCAAAAGCACUGGAGAUGUGACGGAUACUGUAGUAUCAAGUAAACCUCAGUCUUCACUUUCCACAACUACCGGUAAUCAAGGAUCAGUGGUGACAGUACCAGGAAAUGUUUGUGUGAACAAUGGCCCAUCAACAUAUCCAUGUUACACUAACUCAUCAAAAGAAACAACAAAAAACUCAACUGUGUCUGCUUCUCAGGCAAAUUCAAACCAAAGAUCGCUUGGAAAUCAGUUAGGGCAAAGUGUGCCGCAUGAAAGUAAUCGUAAUAAUUUUCAGAGUACUUCCACUGUAGAAAUGAGUCAAUCAGUGCAGCCUUCUGGAACAGCUCUUAGCAAUAAACCAUCAAGUGUGCGUGCUACCACUGCUUCAUGUCCUUUGAGUGUUCCUGAAUCAUCUGUCCAUACAUUUUCUUACUACAAUACAUCUUGUCAUAACAGUGUGCCUUCCAACCUGACAAAUUCUAAUACCCUUGUUUCCACACUAUCCAGCUCUGUAGUUCCCAAUAACAAUUUGCGGGGAUUACGUCCACAAUGUCCCCCAACAAGUUCCACCAUCGUCAGUGCUUCUCACAAUCCCCAUUGGAAUUAUGCUCAAGGAAAUCCACAAAAUAUGAUGAGAAAUGAACCCCCAAACAGGAACGUGCUGAGACCCUUUCAUAAUUUAGCACAGAGGAUUGCAGCAGUACAAAAUUCUGAGCAUGAUCACCCAGAUGAAUCUAAUUUUUAUGGUAUUGAUGAGCUUCAUUCCUUCGGUGUAGAGAUGGACCAGUCUGCAGGAAGCUUACUCAGUUCUUCCGAUGACAGUGUCAGUGGUGUUCUUGGCAUGGCAGAUGUUGCUGCUUCUGUGCCUGGAACUCUGACAGAUAGCCCAACAAGGAGAGCUGUCACAGCUAUUGUCACACCACUACCUCGCAGUGUUCCCCUGGCAACCAGCACAACUGGCAGUACUUCUGUGUCUCAUAUGUCCGAAAAUAUUCCAAAUGCAUCCCAAUCAGGAUCUCAAAGUUGUGAUGUUCCACUUGGGCAAAUGCGACCAUCUUCUGACCAAGGUAAUAUUGAUAGCAAUACCCCAGGAUCCAGUCAAAGUAACAAGUUUCUUCAAGCAAUUUCAUCUUCCACUCAAUCAACACAUCAGUGGAGUUCUCCAAGUAACGAUGGUGCGAGAAGACUACCUAAUGCUGAACUAUCUGCAAUGCGUAAUCACUACCCACAACCAACAACUUCCGGUAGUCAGGCAAACGGAAUUAUGAAUGCCACAUCUUCUGUCGGUCAGCAAAGGAAUAUGCAUAUGGAAGGGUUGCAAAGUCGAACAUGUCCAACAGUAACGUCUUCUGGUCUCUUGUCAAACGAGCAUGUUCCUAAUGCACAAACCUGUGUUGAGAACUCACCGUCUACAACCCAAACACCAGCAGCAUAUUCUGCUGGUUCUCAGAGUGCUACAUUAAAUCAAAGAUCACAGUCAUCCAUGUCUACAAAUUAUAGUAUGCCAAACAUGAGUACACAUCAAACCCAUGCAUCAAGGCCAAGUUUUGAUAAUGCUAAUAGGAAUAGUUCAGGAAAUGCACCUUCAUAUAGAAAUAGGAAUGAUAUGCCAAACCCCCAACAGAUGCCAAAUCCUCUAGUAGCAGGAAAUUCCACCAGUGGCUAUCCAAUACAAAGCCACACCAAGCAAAGUUCAUACCCAGUUGGUGUAAAUUCCAAAGAGAAAUCUCCAAGCAAAACAGGAGGCAACAGGCAAGCCGAUCCUCGGCAAAGUCAAGUACAUAAUUCUGUUCCAUCUUCAUCUCGUAUGGUUCAUCAGUCUCAACCUUCCAUUUUGCCUGGUGUUGCCACCAGCCAGCCCGGGUUAUCAGGUUUCAAUAGUGGGAAUUUCUAUAAUGCGAGUAGAAGCCAGGCACCUAUUACAACUCGUUCAGUCUCUGAUUCAAGAGGAAUGACAGUGACAUCUUCUGUGACUGGUCCUUCCAUGAGCAAUGUAUGGCAGCCUUCCUGGUCUGGUAAUGUCCCACCCAGUCAGAGUCAUCCUUUUACUGGUGAUGGGAGUCGACAUCAGCAACCAGUAUCUGCUGCUCAUGCUACUUGUCCUGAUCAAACAGCAGCACAAGCAAGACAUGUAAGCACGACGACUGUCACUGCAACUACCUCGGUACAAUCUGUUCCCUUGCAGAGCAAUGUUCAGACAAGAUCAAGCUUGAUUGAAACUGUGCCACCACCUGAUAAUCAGUCUAGAAAUCAUAUGGGUAUGUCGGACACUAGAGGGAGUUCUUCUAAUCAAAUGCACUUACCUGGUUCAGUACAAACUCCUAUGUUUUCAGGGAACAAUCAGAGACAGUCACUUCCGCAUCCUGUCUCUUCAGGAAGUUUCAAUGUCCCUUGUACAGAAUCAGGACCAAGAAUGCCCUAUCCACUAGUUCCUCCCAUCAUGUUUGGAAAUUCAACACCUCGGGGUAUUCCUAUGGGAAGUCCUAUGGGAGGAAUCCGUGGUGUACCACUCCCAGGAAGCUUUCCAGCAACUAGCAUUUCAGAGCAGAAUGUUCAACCACCUCAGGUUAUGUCAUCUUCCCCAUCUGCCAUACAUCAUACCCUGUCUCCUGCUAUGCAUGAACGCCAUCGGAUGUACUUGCCUUCGCAUUUCAAUACUCUUCACAGGCCUCUCUACAUGCCACCAAGUCCUGCACCAAGUACAGAUCUUCCCUUGCUUUCUCCCCACUCAUGUGGCCAACUACAUGUCCAUGACAGUGUACUGUACAGUCCCAGAUAUCCAUCUUCCAUUCAUAGUUUGUCUCCAGGAGUCAACACCAGUUUCCAUGCUUCUACUUUGCAUCGGACCUAUUCAUCCUCCGAACAUCAAGAGAAUUUUGCCAGAAAUAGCAUCAGCCAUCCUGCACCUCAUUAUGAUAGCCCUAUGCCAUUGCGAAUGACACAUCUUGGACAGAGUUCGAUGGGUGUGGCAAAUGCAGUGAGCUCUCAAUCAGGUCAGGUACCACCAUCGAUAACCUCCUUGCAACAUAGUAGCAUUGUAGCCAAUAGGGAGCAAAAUUCACUUUUUGAACAGAAUCUGAAGAGACUCCUUGAGCGAAGUGCUAGAAGACACAGCAUGGCUUUGGCCAGCUCACAUGGAUAUCCAAGAUCAUUGUCAUGUGACCAUACAUUUCCCCCUAGACCAAUGAGCACCUUUUCUUCACUUUCAUCGUUUCCCCCUCCACAUUCUUCAUCCAGUGUACCCUUCAGUACUCCAUCCACAAUGCCUUCAACUCCAUCAAUCCAACCACAGACAAGGUUACCAUCACAACCACUGCCAAGCAGGCAUGCAACAACUACAGCGUCAUCAGGAACGGGUGCAGCAACAGUCACUACAGUGUCAACAACUCUUACACCAACAACAUCCUCAAUUGUGACAAGUAGAGCUAUUCUUGGAAACACAAGUGAUAAGUACCUCCCUCUUGAGUUGCUCAGUCCAGAUUCUGCAAACGCUCAACCAGCAACACCUGCCACAACCCCCUCGGUACCUUCCCCGCAGGUUGCUGUUGACCUUGUUGUAAAAUGUGGAGACACUGUGUUGCAGUGUAGUCGCCAGGUUCUUCGAGAGUCUGGUCGGACUGUUCUUUGCUGCUGGCAUUGUGACUACCACACUGCUGAGCCACGUAAGAUGAAAAGACAUCAAAAGAAAGAAAACGAACCUCUUAAAUGUCAGCUCUGCAGUUACCAGAGUGGCUCUCGAUGUAGUGUUAACCAGCAUUACAAACAGGAACAUAUGGACAAGGAUGAUCCUUUUCGUACUAUUAGUCAUUAAGAAUUUUAUAUUUGCAUGCCAUGGAUGGAAGCUUUGUGGAAAGUCUGACUAUCUAAUGUAAUUUAUGCACCCAGUUGUGAAUUUUCAGGAUUUGGGGAAAAUUACUGCGUAUCUCCUUCGGACAUACUCUCCUGUACCUUACCGUGGGUCAAAUUUUCAUAUAUUUUGUUUACUUAAUAUUGGGUAUUCAAUAUUUUAUUCGUACACACAGAAAUACUUGCUUGCCCUUUCUGAUGAAGAAUUAUUUUUUACUGCUUGUAAAAUAUCCCACAAAAUACCUUUUAUACUUAAAGGAUAAAAUUGGACCUUUGAAAAGUCAGAAGUUGAUUUGAAUGAAUAGAAAAAAAAUCAAACAAACAUCAAAAUAUCAUCAGAUGGGACGGAAUCUAGGAAAGUUAUUCCAGUUCAAAAGUUUGCUUGUUUUUACAAAUGAGUUAUAUGCACAACUUUGGGAUAUGCAAAUGAGUGAAUCAUGUGACAUCACAUCCUCACUGUUUCCUUUGUAUUUUAUUAUAUGAAACAUUUCAUAUGAUAAAUAGUGAGUGUGUGACAUUGGUUCUCUCAUUUACAUGUUACCUGUGUUGUGCAUAUAACUUUUUUUUGGGAGAAAUUUGAUCAGAACUUCAUAGCACCAUAACUGUCUUUCAUAUUUUACAUCCAAUCUUGAUUGGAUGUGAGCUUUUUGCUUGUCUAAUUUUUCUGUUUAAUUCAAAUCAGCCUGUUCUUUUGAGUGGACUUGUCCUUUUAGAGUCUGAAAUGUGACAGUAAACAUAUUUUGUUGAAAGCAAACUUUUUGUGAAAAACAUUUUGGUCACCCUAAUUUUAAUGGUAUUCUGAAAGUUAUAUAUUGUUGAUUUUUCAUUGAUGAAAUUUGAAAACUUGAGUUUCUCUGUCACAAGAGUCUUUUUUUUUUUGUUGGGGUCUACUCCGCACAUCCCUAUCAAAUAGUGUAAACUAUGUGCCCCCAGCUAUUAUGCGGUAAUUGUCCCAAUAUUGUUCCAAUAAAAGUAACUUUUACAUGACUGGCAAAAAGGACUUCAAAAUCUGCAGGAUGUGCAUUACAGGUGUAACUAUAAAGUGUACAUAUAAAGUUAUAUGAUGUAAAAAGGUAUUAUUAUAAAUAUGAAAAGGUUUCUAAAUCAUCACCAUGUACAACCGAUCUUGCACAAACUAACUUUAAAAAUUGUGUAUUCACAUUUUGUACUUUUUACCUGCAGUACUUAACAUAUGUAAUUAAGUAGUACGUGAUAUACAUCGAUGACUGUGAAAACUAGUUUAAGUAUUUUUUUUAAAGUUUAUUUCAAUUCAAUACAGCUAUAUUAAGAUAUGUUGAUAUGAAAUACUGAGUGUCUAUGGAUAAUUCAAUCCUAAUCAAAGAACAAUUUGAGGGGGGGGGGUUACACUAUAUUGACU